AGAGAGUUGACCGUUUAUAAACAUAGAAAUUAGUACGAGAGUCUCAAUUCUCAAAAUCCAAUUCUUCAUCUUCUUCUGGUAUCGCAAAAUUCAGGCGAUAAUGGAUCGAAUUCAGCUUCUUCUAGUCGGACUUCCUCUGUUCCUGUUUUCCACUGAUAUCUUCAACCUCUUUCUCUCUUCUCCUCCUCCCAAACCCUCUUCUCAUCAUCAUCACCAUCACCAUCAUCAACAACAUAUUGUUAAACCCUCUUCCCCAAUUCAACAAACCCUAGAUUUCCCAUCUCAGCAAUCGAAUGCUCUGGGUUAUGGACAUACUGUCGCUAUCGAUUUCUGCUCCUCCUGCUCUUACAAGGGCACUGCUGUGGCAAUGAAGAAUAUGCUGGAGACUCAGUUUCCUGGAAUUAAUGUUGCUCUUGCAAAUUACCCUCCACCACCUCCAAAACGUAUCCUGAGCAAAUUAGUUCCCGUUGCUCAAGUUGGAGUUUUUGCCAUUAUAAUGGCAGGUGAUCAGAUUUUUCCUAGAUUGGGGAUGACUCCACCUCCAUGGUUUUACACAUUACGUGCUAAUAGAUUUGGAACGAUUUCUGCAACCUGGCUAUUUGGGAAUUUUAUUCAGUCUUAUCUACAAAGCUCUGGUGCUUUUGAAGUAUAUUUUGACGGAGAACCGGUGUUUUCAAAGUUGGCGCAGCAAAGGUUUCCUGGUGAAAUUGAAUUGAGGGAUCUUAUUGGCAAAAAGCUUGCUGUAACUAAAAUUGUGGAUGGUGCAGGGGCAAAUUUGUGGUCUUAAAGCACUCCCACCCUGAUUUUGGGAAAAAGAAGGUAAGCAGAAAAUGCAUGCCUUGGAGAUGAACAGAAUCUGGUUCUACCCUAGUACUGUUAGCUGAGAAAUUCUAUCAGCCGGUACUUUUUGCUUGUAAAUUUUGGAUUCACCGGCAGGAAAAUGAUCAUUAUCUGACUUAUGUAAUCGAAUUUGGAAUCAUAGAAUGUGCUUCAGUUUCUAACUUAUAACAUGAUGAUUAUUCCUUAAUGUUUCCUUCUGUCGUGGUAUAAGCUUUUUGACAAACAAAUGUUGAACUUUAGUAUGUAAAGUCUUUAGUCAAUGAGACCUAAGGUCAGGGUUUUGGAAAGGCAUUGUUGAGCCUUGUGGCCUCUCUAUGAACACAGAUAUUGAUGGAAAUAAAAGUAACUUUCUUUACAUCGAA